UGAACUUCCGCCCAAUCGGCCGCCUUUUUUGUGCUAACUUCCGGUUGUGGCGUUCGACUCAUCAUCGACGGACCUGCGUCAUUAUUGCACCUGUUUAUGUCCACUUUAAUAACGCACAACGGAGCUCCUUGAGGCCGACCAUGUGAGCGGUCUCAGCGAGCAUCCUGGGGCCCAUCAGCUCACAGAAGUCAUCGAAGUCGACAUGGCCCCCCCCUGCAGAAAGUCAGCACAUACAGGCUGCAAAGAAGACAGUUGUAGGUGGGAUCGGUGUAUUAGCAGCGGACUACAGCAACACAACAAGGAGGACUUUGUUGGAGAGCAGACGCGCUAGCCGGCGACCUCACCUUGACUUCCUACGUCCCGGGCCGCCAAACGCAUCGGGUGAAGUCCUUCGUCCUUCCGCCGAUCGCUGGAACGCAGCACAAGGAGGGAACACAUCGCUGGUUACAAGACGCCGUCGGACAGCAGGAUAUAAAAAAUCAAGAUUUUGCUGUAAAGACCUAUUUUCAAGCCACACAACAUCCCAGAUGAUCUAGCGAAAGCAGAAGGCUCACCGCCAAGGAAGAGACGAUGCGGGCGGAAAUGGAAAGGAAGGAAUCCAGGAUGAAAAUCUGGAGACAAAUGUGGCCAUGGACCGGCAGGCUGGUCCACUUUCACGUCCCCACCAUGGCAAAGUAGACCACUUCUUGCAAGAGGAUUGUGAUUCUUGAUCUGAACGGAAUUAUGUGAGCGUCCCAUCGCUCGGCAUUCCAGCACGAGUGGAAAUAUUACAUCCCCUUCAACAGCCCACAUGAGCGUCUCCAAACCGCCGCCGCCGUCCAACUCCCACCUGACCAUCCCUCCUUCCUCUUCCACCACGCCCUCGUCGUCCGCUUCCUCGCCCUCGGCCACACCCCACUCCUCGGCCCCGCCCCCUCCCUCGCCCGUCAAGAUUUCUAUGCAGGAGCACUUUGCCAUCAAUGUGUGUCCGGGCCCCAUCCUCCCCAUCCCGCAGAUCUCCGAUUUCUUCCCACGCUUCCACGACUACCCCUGCACGCCGCCGCCGCCGCGGGAGAAGAAGAUCCUGAAGGAGGAGACGUUCAACGGGGACAUGGGCCUCGGAUUCAGAGAUGGAGAGAAGCAAGCGGAGAGCAGCGCCGACCGAGAGGAGGCGGCCGACUCUGAUGACGACGACACCUACUUGGGGACGCUGGAGUUCACGCUGCUCUUUGACCAGGACAACAACUGUCUGCACUGCACCAUCCACAAGGCCAAGGGACUGAAAGCCAUGGACUCCAACGGGCUGGCUGAUCCAUACGUCAAGCUUCAUCUCCUGCCCGGGGCCAGCAAGGCCAACAAGUUACGCACCAAGACCCUGAAGAACACCCUCAACCCCGUGUGGAACGAGACCCUGGUCUAUCACGGAAUCACUGCGGCCGACAUGACCACCAAGACUCUCAGGCUGUGUGUGUGUGACAUGGACAGACUCGGCCGCAAUGAAUUCAUCGGCGAGGUGAGAGUGGCCCUGAAGAAGCUCCGAGAAGGAGACAACAAACGCUACAACAUGGGUCUGGAGAGAAUUGCACCCAAUAAAGAGUCCAACAAUCAAGCGGUGGAGCAGGGCGCUCCUACUGCAGAGGAGGAGCGUGGCCGGAUCCUGGUGUCGCUGUGCUACAACACGGAGAAGGGCUGCCUGCUGGUUGGCAUCAUACGCUGUGCCCAUCUGGCCGCCAUGGACUCUAACGGCUACUCUGACCCCUUUGUCAAAAUCAUCCUGCAGCCUGACAUGGGGAAGAAGUCCAAAUACAAGACGACGGUGAAGAAAAAGACUCUCAACCCUGAGUUUAACGAGGAGUUUUCCUACGAGGUGACGCUGGACCAGCUGGCCAAGAAAACCCUGGAGAUCUCAGUGUGGGACUACGACCUGGGCAUGAGCAACGACUUCAUAGUGGAGAGGGAUUCUGUUUGCCGUGGACUGUGUGUGACGCCCUAUUUUUGUUUUUUUUUUCCAAAAAAAGGUAUGUCUGUUAUGAGUUUUUUUGGCAUAGUUUAUUGUAUAAAAAAUAUAAAAAGAAUUGAUGUGGGUGGGAAAGAUGAGGUGUAUUGCUGCACAUUUAAGGAUAAUUUUCCUUACUAUAUAUUGUUAUUUGCUGAAGUAUAUAUUUUAUAUACUGUGUUUUAUUUAAUUAAUUUAUUUGAGACUAUUAUGUUUUUUUUACCUUUAUUAUUGUUAUAAUUAUUGUUAUUUCCAUUUCCACGUUUAAACAUAUAUAAUUGAUUUGAGUGAGCACUGACGCUCGGAGCUGUGGAGAGAGAUUCCGUUUGCCGUGGACUGUGUGUGACGCCCUGUUUUUGUUUUUUUCUAAAAAAAAAGGUGAAUAAAUCCCCGUGAUUCAACUCCGGUGUGUGUGCCUCACUAAGAAAAUACACAACGCAGAACACUGACU